UGACUGUCAGAUAGUCCCGUUUAUAAAUUUAAAAUUGUUUUGACAGUUCAGUGUAGAGCUUUGGCUCUGCUUCUUUCGGCUAAAAAUUCUAAAUUUUUUCUAAAUUUUUUUGUUGUUAGUCGCAAACUUUUGGCAACUCCCAAAAUGGCCGAGAAAAUCUGUACAUGCCGCAAGAAAGAGGCCCGUGUUCAUGUCAUCUUCGUGGGAGGAACAAUUGGAAUGAUAAGAAAUGAAAACGGAGAUUUGGUUUGUGUACCCAACAUUUUUUGUAAACGGCUCACCGAAUACCCGACCUGCAAUGACCAGAGCUAUAAAGCGGAAAACUUUAUAGCUUUGCCAAUGCUCCCAGAUAUGCCAUAUCGUGUCCUAUACGAUGUAGUUGAGUUUAAUCCUUUGUUAGAUUCCAGCUGUAUGGGAAUGGGGGACUGGCAGAAGAUAGCCAAGGAGGUGGCCAUUAAAAUGUGUUCUUACGAUGGUUUUGUUAUUCUUCACGGGACGGAUACCCUGGCAUAUACAGCCUCCGCGUUGGCAUUUAUGUUGGAAAACCUUAAUAAGCCCGUGGUGGUUACUGGAGCACAGAUUUCGAUCUUCGAUCCCCGGUCCGACGGGAGGGACAACUUCUUGGGCUCCCUCCUCAUUGCGAGUAAUUUCAACAUUCCGGAAGUGAUGGUGUUCUUCGGUAACAAGCUCCUGCGUGGCUGCCGCACCACAAAAGUAAACGCCGACUCCUUCCACGCCCUCGACUCACCCAAUCUGCCCGCGCUGGGAAAGAUGAAUGUAAAGAUUGAGAUCAACAGUCGCCAAAUCUUCCGGCCAUGCACGGUGAACAAGUUUUCACUCUUUUGCAAUUUGGAAGAGAAUGUGGGCAUGAUUCGCAUCUAUCCGGGCAUAACGGUCGCCACCUUGAAGGAAUCUUUGAAAGAACCGAUCAAGGGAGUGGUGCUCCAGACGUAUGGGGCCGGAAACUUUCCUGCCGAUCGCGAAGAAUUAUUGGAUGAGCUUCGAGAGGCUGUUCUCAGGGAGGUCAUCAUUGUGAACGUCACCCAGUGUUCCGCUGGAAUGGUCAGCUCAGCUUAUGCAUCGGGCUCCGUGCUGUCCGAAAUAGGUGUGAUCUCAGGUCAUGAUAUGACCCAGGAGGCCGCCUUCACCAAACUGGCCUACGUGUUGGGUAAACCGGAAUGGGAUUUGGUCAACAAGAAGAAGGUAUUGGUGCUGAGUCUGCGCGGCGAGCUUACCACCAAUAAGGUGCCCAAGAUAAACGACAUCGACCUUAUCGAGGGUGUGGCUCGCACCCUGCACAUGUCCACGUCCUUGGAGAAGGAGCAAAUGUGUUCUACCUUCUAUCCGGCAUUGGUGGCCGCCGCUGUCACCCAGGGAGACACCCAAAAAAUGGCUGAUCUCCAGCAGUACGGUGCAGAUCUCUGCGACAGGAACGAAGAUGGACGCACUGCACUCCACCUGGCCUGCUACCUGGGAAAGCUGAAUUGCGUGUGCUACCUAAUAUCGGCCGGGUGUCCUUUGAAUGUGCAGGAUCGCUUCAAUAGGACCCCGCUCCACGAGGCCAUUGAUACGGACAACCACGACGUCAUUCUGGCACUGUUGAAGAACGGAGCCAAGCUGUGUGAUCCCCCGCUGGUGCAGGCGGAGCUGCUGCGUGCCCUGACCGAACGCGGAAAGGUGAAGCGGCUGGAAUCUUUCCGGCUGGCCGGGGCUGAUGUUACUCUAGCCGAUCGCACGGGUCGUACGGCUCUGCACUACGCCUGCCAGUUGGGUAUCCACGAAGCGGUGGAGUACUUGCUGCCGUACUACAAGAAUCCACUUUUAAAGGACGAGCUGGGCAUGUCGCCAAUGGACUACGCCAAGGCGGCCAAUCACGAGCACAUCGUCACCCUGCUGCGCUUCAAGGAGAACGAGAGGAGAAACCAGGAUCCCUGUGCGUGUCCUAAAUAAAAUAUAUAUAUUCAUUCCAAGUUAUACC